AUGAAGAUGAAGGCUGCAGCGUCCUCUUCAUCCGCAGCGGCGGCCGUCGUGGUUGAAAAAAAGGAUGUUGAGAAAAAGCAGGCUAACAAAGCUGCUGCUUCAACGUCCUCGAUGAGGAUCAUGAGUAAAAACAAGGCCACGACGACAGCGGCAAACGAAAAUAAAGUGUCCAUGAAGAAGAAGUCCUCGAAUAACGGUAACACAGCGGCGUCAUCCUCAUCGUCGUCGUUGAAGGCCGCGAAGGGUGUUAACAAGAAGGCCGCCGCUUCGUCGUUGAAGGCGAAAAUCGAGAAGGUGGAUAAGAAAAAGGAAGUGAUCAAGUCCAAAUCGAUGAAAAAGGAGACAUCCACGGUGGCUGCAGCUUCUUCGAAAAGUUCGAAGGCCACUAGCAAAAAUACAACAACUUCUUCUUCGGGGACGACGAAGCAGGGAAAAAAUAAAGCAGCUGGCUCGGCCGCCCCGGCAUCUACUGCGACGGGUGGAAAGCGCCAGGCGAUGAAGAAGGCGUGAGUAGAGUUUAAAUACAAAUCCGCCGUCAAAUGAAGGAAACACGACACUUAAUUUAAGUGCAAUUUCAUGCAGAUAACACCGCGAGAGCCUGGUAUGGGUGUGUUUUUAAGUCUUUUUUGGUGAUUUCACUUGCAAACAGAUGUUUACCAAAGCUCGAGCCUCCGCUCACAUUUAUUGUUCAAAAAUAAUUUUAUUAAUAUACAACUAAAACAUUUCAUAGCCUUCACGCAACGAAGCUACAAAUACAUCUGUCAGAGUCGUCACGCACGAUUGCACUUUUGGAAGCCUUUCUUUCACUACUAAAAAUUUGGCAAUGAGUAAAUCUUUUACCCGCGUGCUUUUAAUUUUAUAUCGCGACUGUUUUUUUUUUUGCAAUCUCUUAUAUCUAAUGACCACAAUAUAGCAAGAAUAUUGAGGAGAAAACAAAUUUCACGGAAGACGCGCUGCUGCAAAGAAAGCGCGUUUCUUAAAUUAGGCCUGAGCAACUUACUACCGGUAUCGCCACGAAGUAAGGAUAAAAUGUAACCCUGAGGAGCAGCUGCAGUUGCAGUCGGAGGAUGGGGCGCAACUCGCUCAUCAACAACAACAUCUACAUCAUCAGCAUCUACUUUUUAUAUCAAAAAAUUUAGCGAAACCAAAUCCAAAAGCAAACGC